AUGGCUAGUCCAUCUCCACAAAGCAGCCCAAUGCCGCCACCGCAGGCUCCCAGUCCGAUGGGUCCGCCAACCCAAAGUCCUGCGCCACCGCAGUCACCACAUAGUCCUUACAAUCAGCAGCAUGUUAAUGGACCGCCGCCGUCUCAUCCCUCUGCUGCAGGGCAGCCACAAUUACCUAAUCACAUGCCAUCUUCUGCCCCUCCUCAUACAAUUGCAUCAAAUGCGAAUGGGCAGCCUAGUGUACCACAACAACAUCCUGGAAUGCCUCCAAGUGGACAUCAACUUCCGCAACAUAUGGUUGGACCGCAUAUAACAGGACCACCUGGUCACCCUGGGUCUCACCCUCCUGGACCAAAUGGUCACUCAAAUUCAGCUCAACAUCCAAGUAUGCCAAGUCAAGGCCCUCCACAUGGCUACAUGCAGCAUCAGAUUGGUCAUUUGCCUCCUGGUCAGGGGCCCAUGAGUAUUGGUGGCGGACCUCCUCCUCCUGGUAAUGGGCUGCAAGGACCUCCGGGCGUACCUCUGAAUCUUGGAGGGCCCGCCGCCGCAUGGCUUGCAUCCAUCAGGCUUGCCACCGCUGCCGUCACAUCAUGGAAUGCUACAGUCUACUGGACCACAUUCUGGUGGUUACGCCCACUCUCCCAACCCGGGCUCGAGUGCAGCUUCAACAGCCCCCCCUCCUUCACAGUCUCCAGCUGGCGCACCAACUCAACACCCACCAUCAGCGCAAACGCCACCUCAUGGACAGAUUCCACCUUCAGCCACAUCAUCAGCUAA